CCAGUUCGCCCAGUUCGCGUGCACUUGCGAUCGUGAGCGGUCAGACAUCGCUCGUUCUAUACACCCAACCGCUAUUUUCGUACAAUACAAACCACUCCAAUCGAACGAUAAGCCGGCAAUUCUUAGUUGCAAUCUGUACCUAACGGACGCACGUUGACUGUGUACAGUUUUCAAAUUAUUUUCCGACUCGAAUUAUUCCCAUUCGCGAUUCAUCGGGUAUUUUUGAAUUAUACUUUCAAAUUGAGUGACGAAUGAGUGAAUUUUCGCUAUCAAAGUUGAUGUGGGUGAGCUACAGUGAAGGUGCCGGCGCAAUGGAGAGUUGUUAUAAACUUUACACAUGGAUCAACCACACGAUCCUGAUGCUACUUCUGCAGAUAUUCUGGAAGAUGAGCCAGAUUUCGGACUACUUUAGGGAUAAGCCUGUAGAAGAUACGAAGACGGAGAGAGCAUUAGUUUUUACACCGCUUACAAGGCAAUCAAAAUAUAGAAGACACAUCAGGUCAAUGUCCGAUGUACAGAGCAGCACACCAUACAAAUUACCUACCAAGUCAUGGCAUGGAAGCAGUCAAAAUAUAUACGACUCUGACACUAGAGCGAGGAGGAUAAGGUAUUACAACAAGAGGCUGUUACAAACAGAUUCGUCAGAUUCGAGUGACACCGAGAAGUUGUACAGGAAAAUCGUGAGUUUGAGGGCGAAGGUCAUGAAACCUUACGAUUCUAUGAGGUUUCUCUAAUUAUAUAAGGAUCUGAUAGUAGUUAUAUUUGAGGCUGUACAUUAUAGUUUUAUUCUAGAUGGGAUCACAUUUGAAUUGCACAAUUUUCUAGAUGAAACACUGUACGAUUUGACUGGCACAAACCGAUGCAAAGUACCUAAGUAUUAAUUUUUUUCAUAAAUUAUGAUCCCAACGUGAUACAACUAUAAAUGGACUUUAUAGUGUUUUCCUUUUGAGACUGUGAUCGAAUUAGAAUAGGUGUAACUAUUAGUCUAAGAAACCUAAGAGUAAUUCUAAUGAUAUAUCUAUAUAAUAUAUUUAGUGUUGUUUAAAAAAGAGUUUAAAGAAUAUUUUUAUCGUCUAUAAAAUAUUGAAAUGUUAACAAAUGCCAUACGUUCGUUUUGCUCUAAAUCUGUUAUGUUUUGAUUUGCCAAGAUCACUGAAAGUUUCGAAAUCUCACACAACGCAUAUUAUUUAGUUAUACUGUAAUAUUAAGCAUUGUGUUAUUUACGAUAAAUAUUAAUGUUUUAAGUUUUAAAUGAACAAUAAAGACCAUUAGUGUAUAUUACACACCAUAAUAUUAUACUUAUUUAUAAUCAUAAAUAGUUUAAGUUUUUACAAAUAAGAUAAAUUUAAAUUUACAUGUAGGUAAGUGGCUACCUAAUAUCUAUUCAAAAGCAGUUUUUAUCCAAAAUAUUUUUUUAAUGUCAAUUUUAAUAAAUUAUUGUAUUAUAUUACAAAGAUAUACGAUAAAAAUGAGAUCACUCGAUUAUUACUAAACUAUACAACUAUGUUAAAUAUGUGUAGACUUUCUGUCUAUAGCGGUAUAGUUAAUUUGUAAUUAUUUUUGUGAACAUAAUUUAGUAAUUUUUUAACAUUACCGAUAAUAAUAAUUAUUUGAAAAAAAGCUGGGUAUGUUCAAAGUCUCUUUUUCCAUAAUUGAAGAUAUUUUCAUUCCUUUAUCUCUUAUUAAGAUAAUUUUAAGAGGUAAGAAAAAAAUUGUGUAAAUGUUAGAGGUGUAACAUUCAAUAAUUUUAAUAUUCCGGCGUACCCGGUAAAACUACGAAUCACUCAUAGAAAAAAUGGUAUACUGAUUAAACAAAAAAAAAUACAAUGAUAAUAGGUAUAGUAUUUGACAUAAAUAAAGACCAAGGUUUGGAUUCUCUAUCCAGUAGAGGCGAUUUAGUAAAUGAGCUUUUCUAAAUUAAGUAGACUCUGAAUGUUCUAGGUCUGAUGACCUGACUUAGUUUCUCAUAUUUGAUUUAGAUACUCGUAUAAUAGUUUUGAAGUAAAAAUUCAAUAAAAUUUUAAUUGACUACACAAGUGAGUAGUCAUUUGCACUAUUUUUAAUGUCUAAUUAGUUAUUUAUAAAAAUGAAAGAGAACGAUAAUAUUAAAAUUUAAAAUUACUUAAUACUACUUAGUACUACGACCCAAAUAAGACAUACUUAGCUAAGACUGACGCCUAUAAAAAGUGAGACAGGCAAAUAAGGGAUAGCUAUUUAGUUUAUUUUUCAGCUGUAGGACGUUUUACAAGUUGUAUAUUUUAGGAAUAAUCGAAAGAGAUCGUCCUAUAUACACAUCUACCUACCAGAAACAAGUUAGUAACUCUUGUAAAAUUUGUACCUAAUCAUAUUGUUACCAAUUCCAUAUUAAACAUGAAUAGGUACUUAGGUGUACUUACAGUACAACCAACUUAUCUGAGAAAUACAAAAAUAAAUAAUCUGUCCGAAUCUUACGCACACGAAGUUAAUAAUAUUAGUGCAUUAAUAGAUAGGUAAUAUAAUAGUGCCUUUUCUACUAAUGCCUAGUAUUAUUUGAAUACUUAUUUGAAAAUAUAUUUUUAUUUUAAAAUUUCGUGUGUACUAGAUACAAGUUGUUUUUGUCUAUUAUAGAUUAUCCAUUUGGAAAAUGUAUAUAAACUUCGAGCAUUAUUUUUAGUUCUUGAUAUAGUUUUAACAUCUUACAAUCUUAUAAGGGCUAUCAAACUUAUAAGAUUACAUUUUAACGAUUUUUAUAUUUAUAAUUAUCUAGAUACGAUAAUGUACACAUUUGUAUUCACAAGUAUGUCUGUUUGUAUUAAUGUUUUCUACACAUAUAUAAUAAUAUGUAUAUGUAGGUAUGUAUAUUAAUGUAUUUAUGAAAACUAAUUAUGUAUAUCAGUUGUCUAGAAGCCUUAGUACAAGCUCUGUUUUGUUUGAUUUUUUUUUUAGUACGUUUGUUCCGUUGUGGAACAGGCUAAGGUCGAAGACCAUGCUGCCUAGUCUUCAAUAUGAUAAUUUGUCUGGAAUUCUGUUUUGUUUGAGACUAAAUGACAUUACAACCCUGAUGAUGAUUUUAAUUUUUUUAUCUAUUUUUUUUUAUUAUAUGUACUUACAGUUACAUUAACUGUUUGGAAUUUGAAAUAAUAGAUCUUUCUGUAAUAUU